AUGAUAGAACCCUCUGAAGACUCAUUUGAGACGAUGAUGGAGCAUAAGAAUCCAUCAUCAAAACAAAUGGAGUCCUCCGAGGGCUCACCCAACUCCACCGUGGAAACAUCAGGCAGCGGAGAGCAGGAGGUGGCGGGGCUGGCCAGCGGCCCAGCCCAGGAAACGAAAGAGCUGCCCAUUGAUCUCCUCCAAGACAUGGAGGAGCCAUCCAGUGGCCCACAUAGGGAAAUAAAGGAUCCACCCAAUGACCUACUCCAAGACCUGGAGGAGUCACGCAAUGGUUCACGCCAGGGAGUGGGAGAUCCGUUCAGUGGGGCGCCUGAUAGAAUGGGAGAAGUAUCAGUCAACCCAUGUGGAGCCCAGGAAGGGCAAGUCAGCAACACCAACCUGGCCAAAUUGGGAGAGGAGGAGCGCCCUGAAGAGCAGACUGAGACCUCAGCUGCAGAAACCAUGGCCAUGGUGAGGUCCAUCAUCUCUCUGUACUUCCGAAUGCAAGACCUCAGAGAACAACAAAGGGUAGCAGAAGAGAUCUUGAUGAAAGGGAUCAACGCAGGCCAACUGCCACUCCCAAAACAGUUCUCGGGCGAUCGCAGAGAAUACCACGAGUUCAUCGUGCUCUGCCAACUCAUCUUACAAAGCUACCCAAGAAUGUUCUGCAGCGACCGCCUGCGAGUCAGGUACAUCAUCUGCCACCUCUCGGGCUUGGCCUUAGAAUGGGCCAAAGCUCUGGUGGAGGAAGACAGCCCCCUGAUCAGCGACUUCCCUGCCUUCCUGGAGGCCAUGUCCGAUGUGUUUGAGUACCGGCAGGCACUGCGUGUGGCGGAAGAGGCCAUGUUCAACAUCAGACAGGGGGAUCGCGCUGCCAUUGACUACAUCAAUGAGUUCCAGAGCCUGGUACCCACCUUGGGCUGGCCAGAGGAAGUCCUGCAGGCCCACCUGUGCCAUGGGCUCAAUGAAGAGAUCAGGCAUUAUCUGUUCCGGGUCCCUCAGCCGGAUUCGCUGGACAGUCUGAUUGUGCUUGUCCUGCAAAUAGAAGAAAAACUGGCGGAGAGGAGGGCCAUGCUCAGGCUGCCCCCAGAGGCCCGCCCACGGAACCUGACCUGGAUUGACUCACCUGCUCCAGAGAGGUGGAUGGUCAGCAGCUGGCUGCCCUGCAAAGUCCACCCCACCAUUGAUCGUGACCAUCUCUUCCUGCUGCUCAUGGUGAGAGUGAACCCCUACCACAGUGUCGCGGUCCAGGCCCUGGUUGACUCAGGGGCAGGUGGCAACUUCAUGGAUGAGAGGUUUGCCCAAGAGCACUACGUGGAGCUCUACGAGAAGCCCUAUCCACAGUCGAUCCGAACCAUGGAUGGCUCGCUGAUUGGCGACGAACCUGUCUGGCUCUACACGGAACCCCUGGUGUGCAUUCAUCAAAACCACCAGGAGUCCAUCGAAUUCGACAUUAUUCCUUCACCCAACUUCUCCGUGAUAUUAGGCAUCAACUGGCUCCGAGUUCACGCCCCCGAAGUUGACUGGAUCAAAGGCCGCUGCACCUUUCACUCUCCCUACUGCCUGAAGAACUGCUUCCGCCCGGCCCCCCCAUGCAUUGCACUGGAAAGACAUGCCAUAAGCCUGCUGCCCGGACUGCCGCCCCUGUACUCCGACCUGGCCGACGUGUUUAACCCGAAGGAAGCAGAUGAUGAGACUUCCGACCAGCCAAGCUCAGACGGAUCCGAUGAUCUUUCUGAAUCAGAGCCCUCUGAGCUUCAGCAGGCUGGAGACAGUGAUCACAGCGAGACCUUUUACGAAUGUCCCUCCACCGCGCCUUGGGAACCUGUGGGUGCCAGGAUGCAAGAAAGAGCCAGGCUACAGGAUGAAUUCUGGGAUCUGCAGAACAUGCUGACCAACAGACAGGACUACAUACAGAUGAUUCCAGAACUGUUCGACCAGUUACACGGAGCUACAUGGUUCACAAAGCUGGAGUUGCGUGGGACCAUUGUGGAGGAAAGCAUGAACAUACGCCAAGCAGAAGAUGUAUGGAGAGCAGCGUUUGGUUUGGAGCUUCAAGAGAUGGAGAGCUACAAGCCCUUUCUGCUAUCCUCAGACCCUAUCAUCCCUCAGAACGUGAUUCACUUUAUCCUAAAGGACAUGCUAGGUUACUUUGUGCUCUCUUACGGGCAGGACGUCCUGAUUUACUCAAUGAGCCAGGAGGAACACCUCCAACACGUCCGCCACGUCCUGGUCCGCUUCCGGCAUCACAACGUCUACUGCUCACUGGACAGGAGCCAGUUCCACCGACACACUGUCGAAUUUCUGGGAUUCGUCAUGACCCCCAAAGGGGUGAAACUAAACAAGAGCAUCGUGACCACUGUAACGGGGUACCCCACACCUGGCUCUAAGAAGUCCCUGCGACACCUAAUCGAGUUCACCUUCCCCUACCGGCACUUUGUGGAGCGCUUCACCAUCAUCACGGAGCCCCUGGUGAGGCAGCUGAUGACCACUGAACCGUUCUUCUGGGGAGACGAGGAGCAAGAGGCCUUCGAAUGCCUGAAGCGGGCUUUCCGCAAGGCGCCCCUUCUCCACCACCCCAAGCCCCAGAACCCAUUCUACUUGGAGACAGGCGUCACCAAGACGGCUCUGCACGCCUCCCUGAUCCAAAUAGACGACCAAACCGGCAAGAGAGUCUCCUGCGCUUUCUACUCCAGAAACAUCUCUCCUAUCGAGGUCGACUACUCUCAACUGGAGAUGAAGAUUCUUCCAAUAAGGGCUGCCUUCAUGGUGUGGUGCCGCUACCUGGAGAACACCGAGGAGCCCAUCAUGAUCCUUCUUAACACAGAGGAUCUAGCCUCUCUGAAUAAUGACAGGCUCACCGUACUUCUCCCCGGGCAUUGGGUCUUCUUCUUCUCCCACUUCAACUUUGACGUCAUGGAGCGGCCAGAACAAGAUGGCGGCAGACCUCUGCCACCCUUGAGAAACCUCAGCCGGAGAGCUUUCCAGCACAACACUGCCUCUCGACCACUAAUGCUUCUGGCUACAAGAAGAUCCCCCAGGGAUCAGUUACCAGAAUCCGGGGAAGAAGAGGAGAAUGAAGAUGCCCCUCACCAGAGCCUCCAGCAGGAGUUCCUGGCUCUGAUACCAAUUGACCAAAUACUUGGCAGCUUCCUUGCCCAUUUCAGCAUAGCCCAGAUCAGGGCAGUCAUUCUGCACUUCUUCCGCGGCCUCCUCUUUUGGAAGAACACCCUGGCCAUGGCAGCACUCCUCGUGCUCCUGAAGCUGAGGCGGGACCUCCCACCGCUGCCCGCGCCCACCCUGGAGGUGGCUCGGCUGCCACCAAGGCGCUCGCUACGACUCAUCCUGGACUCGUCCCUCCUCACAGGCAGCGGCCUUGCCCCCGCCAUCGCUCAGAUGCUCACCCAGAUGCCCCCUCUCAUGGGCACUAACGUUGUCCCGGCCGAGGAGCUGGCCGAGUUAUUCCUAGGCCCUGGCCACUUGCAGCAAACCGCCCUGGUCCCCCAGGCCCGCUGGGGCCUGCAAUUCACGCCCAGGUUCUGGCUGAUGCUGUGUGAGUUCUUCGUUGUCAGAGUUGCCCCCCGAGAGGGAACCCGCCCCCUCCCACGCGAGAACCGCUACCUGGAGCUGCACGUCGUGGGUGAUGAAGAUGUCGUCUUGCGAGAAGCCCUGCAAGACGACCUGCAACGUUACCGUCAGUGUGGCCUGCAUGACGGCCUGCAAGACACCUCGCAGGACGGGCAGGACGACGUGCAGGAGGCCCUCACCACUGACCUCACCGUAGCCCUCCGACCCCGCCAACACCUCCCCGAGGACUCUGAAGUCCUCGCCUUUCUGAACAACCGCCUGCUCUACGUCCGUGGCGCCGAUGGGCAGCCCAGCAUGGUCAGCCCGGAGCUGGUGGCCAGGGCCCUGAGCCACUUCCGAAGCGGCAUCUACACACAAGCUCCACCCCCCAGCAUCUGGGUGAGCCCACCCAGGGAAGAUGCAAGGCUGGAAGAACUACCUGAGGACGAGGAAGACUCGGACCUCAGCUGA